AUGUUUGGGCCGGAAGGCUCUGGGCCUAAAACCAGCACAUCCUCCUCUUCCUCGUCCUCAUCAAGUACACUCCAAUUCAAUGCCACGUCAUCAACAAUGACGUCAUCUGGAGGUGUGACCACCCUCCCAACCGUCACAUCACGUGAACGUCUCGUACACAUUCCAAACAAACCAUUACUCUCAAUUGACCCAUCGGCACGAGCAGACUCUCAUGUUUACCUAUCGCCCUCUUUCAUACAAUCAGCCGCGUCCUCAUCUGCUUCUGAAAAUGAUGAUGCUAACCAGAGGAUACACGAAGCGACGAGAAGUUUCAAUCAAUUCGGAUCGCAAGUUUAUGAGUCGCUUCGAGAACUUUCGAAAAGUAACAACACGUAUGAGAGGUUGAAGGCCAACACGUUAAGGAGGAAAAUGAGAUUCGAAGAAGACAGCGGAACAGCCACCUCGAGUUCAUCGUCCGUAUUCGAUAGACAUGCCGAGUUCUCGGCGUUCACUCCCUACCGUAAUACUGCAUUUGACUCGACACAAAGUCUCUUCCAACCAUCGACGUCUUCUAUGAAUGACCGUCUGGAACAAUAUCGAAAUGACUUUUUUGCGGAGAGUGAGAAAUCACUAAUGUCACUUUCCGGAUUCAACACACCCACCACCGCCCUCGGCGCCGCGUUUCAAGAUAUGAAUAUGAAGAGCGCAUUCGCACCGGUCCGCCGACCCGCCACACUGGAUAUUCGACGUGGUGCAAAUGGGCAUUAUGUCAACGACAUUCUGAGAGAAGAACCAUCCACUUCAAGAGAUUUCGACCGUCUAAAUGUUGUCAGAAAUGUGCCAAUUAAGUUGAUCCAAUCGAAUUCCAAUUUCGACAAUGCUUCGUCGAGUUCCGGGGAUUCUGGACAUCAGGCGAACGAUGAUCAUGAGAGUAUUAUUGUGGAGGACGCUGAUAUGGAUAGUCCAACAAGUCCAUUGGUUAAGAAAUCGGCGAGAGGCUUUGAUUUGAGAGACGACCCUCUCACAAUCAACGUGGAAGGAAGUGUGUCCUCAACAUCAGACCUUCCGAGUUCCAUCUCCUCCUCCGCCAACUCGUUCGUCUAUCACCACAACUUUGACCCACUUGAAUACCAGCGUAAAAUGUUGGAGGAGCUCACGACAAACGCCUGCCUCGCCUCAAUCUCCGGUGACCCGUCGAAGAUACAGGAGCAAUUGGACGCCGUGCGGAAAACGAUGGGUGAAUUGCAACAACACAUCGCGGAGGCCCAGGGAGAUCUCGAAAUGAGACGGAGCUCUUCGUCGAAUCUCCACGUGGAUUUGGAUGAGACCAACUCGAAUUGUGAGCCCAGUCCGAGCUCAUCGUAUAACGAUUCGGAGAUGAAUUCGAUGAAGAGAUUACAUCAUUGUACACAUCCGAGUUGUGGGAAAGUCUAUACGAAGAGCAGUCAUUUGAAAGCACAUUUUAGGACUCAUACUGGCGAAAAGCCAUACGAGUGCAGUUGGCCGGGAUGUGACUGGCGAUUCGCCAGAUCCGAUGAGCUGACAAGGCACUACAGAAAACAUACAGGAGACCGCCCAUUCAAAUGCAACCAAUGUUCCCGCGCAUUCUCACGAAGUGAUCAUUUGUCUCUUCAUAUGAAACGACAUUUCUAA